CAUGAUUACCAUUUCUCAAAGGGGCUCGCAGGGCACGUGACCUGCUUCCAUUCCAACCUCGGAGAACUUCCUUUGUUUCCCUUGACACCAGUCGGCACAUCGCAAGAUCCAAAGCUUGUCUACAGAACACAUAAUUAGCCUUCCCCAACGCUCUUGAUAACAACAGCAGCUAAACGGAGAGGGAGGCUGCACUAAAGCCGAGAUGGGCCAGCAUAGGAUCAACCAACCAAUCGGAGCCCUGGAGGUGGGGCUUGAGAUCCGGCAAAUAAUUACUAAAUGCAUUUCCAGCCCAGUUGGUCUGGGCUGCUGAAAGAUCUGGCUGCAGAGUGAGAGGGGAAGCAGGAAUCUAAGCACCGGUGUUUGUGGAACGCUGCUGUAGCAUCAACCCUGGACUGCCUCCUGCUGCCUCCUUCCUGUCUUCCUUGGUGAAAGCAGAUGAAGUCAUCAGAUAUUGACCAGGAAUUAUUCACAGAAAGCUACUGCAAAGUGUGCAGCGCUCAGCUAAUAUCAGAAUCGCAGCGUGUGGCUCAUUACGAGAGCCGGAAACAUGCCAGCAAAGUUCGUCUCUACUAUAUGCUCCACCCACUAGAUGGAGGCUGUCCUGCGAAGAAGCUGCGGUCAGAAAAUGGCAGCGACAAUGAAUCGGUGGAUAAGAACAAAUGCUGUACGCUCUGUAACAUGUCCUUUACUUCAGCCGUCGUGGCUGAGUCACACUAUCAAGGGAAAAUUCAUGCCAAAAGAUUAAAACUGUUGCUAGGAGAGCAGCCAACGUUAAAGGCCACAGAGACCAACCUGAGUUCCCUAAAGCAGUCACACCUGGAUAGUUCUCCUGUGGUGUCGUCGCCCCAUCAGAGAAGAGACUCUGACAGGUACUGCCAGCUCUGCACGGCUUGGUUUAAUAACCCAAUGAUGGCACAGCAACACUAUGACGGGAAGAAGCACAAAAAGAAUGCGGCCAGGGCAGAUUUACUAGAGCAACUAGGGAAGACGCUGGAUCUAGGCGAGUUAAGAGGUUGUAAGCAUGAAGCUCCCAGGUUGCUGCUGUCUGACAUGAAGAUGGUCAGAUGUACCAGUGCUCAGGACAAAGCAAAAGGGGGAAGCAAUAUGGGUAUAUUACAAAAGCACCCUAUUGGUGAUGAUGACAGUGAAAAGGCAAACCCGGAAAAAGCCAAGAUGCCAAUGAUUGGAUCUGACAUGUGGGUUCCAAAGUCACAGAGCGAUAUGCUCGGCAAACAUAGUUUGCAAGGUCUUUCCCUGGAUUCAGACAGUUUCUGAUGGGAAAUGUGACAAGAUAAACCCGGAAAAAGCCAGGAUGCCAAUGGAUGGGUCUGACAUGUGGGUUGAGACAUCACGAGGCAGGGAGCAUAGAUUCUUCCUGUGGUAUGGAGGCUUGUAUAGAGUACUAGAGCCUCAUACCAAGCUGAUUUUACUCACUGGGGAUGUUGAGUGCAGAGCGGGGGGGGGGAAUGUGUAUAUUUUCCUAGGCUACCCCAUUGCCCCAUAGAUACUAAGUCUGUUGCUGUUAUAAACAGCAGGUGCACUGAGGUGAGUUCCACUGAUACAGUGGAGGAGAUGCGCCAGGUGCGCAGAUCAGGAGGAGCUACGAAGGGUGAGAAGCCAACCAGGUAUGCUCAGGAGUUUGCUAACACAGCUGUUGCAGAUUUAGCUGUGGCUAGUGGCUUGACACAGGUCUUGAAA